GCUCGCGGGCCACACACCGCCAGCGACUCUCCGGGAUUCGGCACGCAGGGCCUCUGAUAUCGCCUCUCAUCUGACAUCAAGAGAUGCAGCGCGACGUUCUUUCUCCAGCAGCGCACCGCGGAGACAAGCUCGAAGUGCGCAGUCACCAGUUCUGACCAAGAUGCGAGCGCGGGAACGAGAAACGAGCGCGGGGACGUUCGGGACUCACGGCCCACUUCGCGUUCCGACGGCUCGCAGCUCACCGCCGGCCCAGAAGAGCUCUCGAUAGUGCCGGUGCCAGCACACGGUGCAAUAACACGACGUCGAGGGGUUACGGGGACGCAGGAUGCAGUCCCCAAACGGGGUUUCCGCGAACAGAGUUCAAUAGAUCCAUCACGGGCUGCUUAUAGCCCUUACAAGUUACAACCUUAUCCCCGCGACGGCCGCACGCACGCACGCGUGCAACAACGAGACGGUGUUGUUGGCUCGCCUUCGCGCCGGACGAUCUCUCGCCUUCCUCUCCAGGUUUAGAUCGACAUUCGUACACGUACUCAGCGUACACGUACAGCCGGCCCUUUUCGUCUGACGUCGGGUGGGGGCAGGGCCUCGACUAAUCAUCUCGCGCUAGAUGAAGGGGGGGGGGUGUUACGAGCGCGCCGAGCUGGAAAACUUCAUCGUGUUCUGAUGGGCCGGAUCGUCCAUUACGAGCAAUCAUUGCCUCACACCAUCGCCUCGCCUCGCGGACCUCCUGUGCCAUCGGUGUACGGCCGAUCCGUUCGUCAACCUGACUACGUACUAUGGACGACAUACCCGGGUGCAUGGGGGGCCACACCACGCUAUUUAGCGAGUUGACGCGAACACCACGAGGGGCAGAGAGGCCAACACGAGGUGGGAGCCGCUCGCUGAUCGCCAACACCCUCUCGCACAACAUCCCAUCUUCCCAUCCCGCGCGCGUUCCGCCCACCCACACCAAGAAGAGGGCUUCUGAAACGGCCUGCAUCUCCCACCAUCUAAUCCGUCCCCAUCUUCGCCAUCGUGCUUCCCGAACCUUCUCCCUCCCCGAUUUCCGCGUCCAAAGAACACAUUCUCGCCGGGGUCCCAGCACUCCGCCUUUCGCUCGCCGCUCCUUCGAGAAAAGCGCGCGUCAGAACACGUCCGCACCAGGAAGGCAAGCCCGUCCCGACCGCUGACGCUCCCAUCGACCAAAUCCGGACACAAGGCCUGACGCAAACCGGGAAAAAUUGCGCCACCACGGCCUUGGGCCCCCCACGCCCACAAGCUCCCUGCCGCCAUCCUUCUUCUCCUCGCUGUCGCAUUUGAUUAGACCGCCCCCCCUGCUCGCCUGGGUGGCGUGUGUUUCGGGCCUAUUCGCUGUAUAUUCCGAUUUCAUUUAAUAAUCGCCCCCCGAGCAAGUUCCUCCCUAGCCAAUUCGCUUACCGUGCCCUCCUCCC